CUUGUGUAGUUGUGUGUGGUUGCUCAAGUGUAAUGUUAUCACCUAACAAAACCAACGGUCAAGAUUAUCCGAAAACCAUAUCUACUUCUUCAAAAUAACAAAUAGAUUAAAUUUAAAAGGCUUUAUAUAUAGGAAGGGUUGUAACAGAGAAAGUAAGAAACUAGAAAGAAGAGUUGUAAUACUAAUAAUAGUAAGCAAAUAGGAGUUGAGUGAGUGUUACAAAAUGGCUUCCUCCGUCCUCUCCUCCGCCGCUGUCGCCACCGUCAGCCGUACCCCGGCUCAAGCCAGCAUGGUGGCUCCUUUCACCGGCUUGAAGUCUACCGUAGGCUUCCCUGCCACCAAGAAGAACGAUGACAUUACCUCCCUUGCUAGCAACGGUGGAAGAGUCCAGUGCAUGAAGGUAUGGCCAACACAAAACAUGAAGAGGUACGAGACUCUAUCGUACCUUCCACCUCUUACCACAGACCAGUUGGCGCGCCAGGUCGAUUACCUUCUUAACAAUAAAUGGGUUCCUUGCCUAGAAUUCGAGACUGAUCACGGAUUUGUAUACCGUGAGCACCACAAUUCCCCAGGGUACUAUGACGGUCGUUACUGGACAAUGUGGAAGUUGCCCAUGUUCGGGUGCACUGACCCGGCCCAGGUUUUGAAUGAGCUCGAAGAAUGCAAGAAGGAGUACCCCAACGCCUUCAUCCGUAUCAUUGGAUUCGACAGCAACCGUCAAGUCCAAUGUGUCAGUUUCAUUGCCUACAAGCCUGCUGGCUACUAAUAAAUGAAUCAAGAAAGUUUGUGUAUUAUUUGUUGAUCAAGUAUAGUUAGUCCUGGAUGUUUCAUUUUUCUGUUAAAAACUUUUUUUCCCCUCUUUAAGUUUAUGUCUUUUUUCGGAUGUUUUAUUGCAAUGGGAAUGUUGAGCAUUGUAUUCUAUGAAUAAUAAUAGCUUGCCCCUAACAAACA